CCACCGCGCGCGCCGCACGUGUACAAUGCAGCUGUAACUGUCGAGAGCCCCAUGCAUCCGACGCGACACAAGUGAGGCUCGGCUCGGUCGUUCGUUAUCGUAUGUAAUCAGCGCCUGACCCCGAUGGCCUUUUGCAGAUGCCGACCGUCGAUUCACGAGCAGCGGCGGUUUUAUCACAUCUUAGAAAAUGACUGAAGGUGAUCGUCAACAUGGGAAGCCGAUGUGCGUCCGUAUCUGGCUGGAGGUGGGUCACGCGUGCGAGCCGCGGCGGUCGGCAGGCGGGCGCGCGCUGUCGCUGGACUGGCGCGUGUGGGUGCGCGGCGCGCGCGGCGACGUCAGCGCCUUCGUGCACAAGGUGGUGUUCCACCUGAACCCGCCCAGCGCCUUCGUCUACCCCAAGCGCGUGUUACAGGAGCCACCGUACGAGAUAAAGGAGUCGGGGUGCGCGUCGAUAGACAUCCCCAUACACGUGUACCUGAAAUUCGCCGGGAAACCCAGGAAGAUCCGUCUCCGGUACAGUCUACACAUCGAGAGCAAUGACAAGACCCACUCGGAAUCCAAAUGCGUGUAUUACGACUUCGAAAACCCGUCGGAACCGUUAUACAGCGCUCUCAUGAAGGGCGGAGGGGAACUCAUCGCCAAGGCCAGCGAUACCAGGGACUCCAACAACAAACUCAUUGUCCUUUUCUCCGAUGACGAUCGCACCAAGAUCAAACCCGUCAAACCCAAGGGCUACAAGUUCGUCGAACCCAUCCGGUGUAAACACGAACCCAAACGGAGACCUAAAAAAUUCACCCUAGAGGCCAUAUGCACGAAAUGCGGGGAGUCCAUCGACGCCGAUUUUAAAAAGCAACUUCGGACGUUGUCUAUGACGGAGGACGAGAUAAAUCGUAUCGCUAAACUGUACAUAUCGUAUACAAGCUACGAGAAGACCGGCCGACUGCCGCUGCCUCCGAUAUCGGAUCCCAUUUACACUGUACCGGAGUUACCUGUGUCGUUGCGAGGCGCCCUGACGAGUAUAGAGUCAGACUAUACGAUGAAAUGAGGGAUAUUUCAUAGUACAAAUGAAUGUGGCCUAUAGCAGUGAUAGUCGAAUCUACUAAUCUACAAGGAUCUUGCGGUACUUCGAUAAUCGAUAUCAUGGGGGACGGGAAAUGUUUGUUAAUCAAAAUAAAAUAAUAAAAUUACACCCGGUAGGUAUGAUUCAGAAUUUGGCCACACAAAAAUGAUACUUGGGUAAUGUUUAAAAUUGACGUGGCAUAAAACAGCUACAUAAUAUCUCAAGUGAUGCGGCGUUCCGCGUCCUUUUGGCCAAGCGUCAAAGCAUCCUUGCAGGAUUGUAGUUACUAGUUGAACCACAGAAUAUAUAUUAGUAGUACCAAGUUGAACUGUAAAUAGUAGGUCAUUUGAAAUGUUCUGUGAUGACGAAAUAUGACUAUUUAUUAUAAAUAUUUUAUUUAUUAUGAUAGAUGGAGUAAUAUAAUUAUUU